CAUACCGUCACGUGAGGCCGUCCCCUGCCGAUGUGGUCAGCGGCUGUGGGGUCACGUGAUUCGCUUGCCUACGCGCGGUGGGGCCGGGUGCAGAUGGCGGACGCCGAGGCUGACGCGGCCCUGCAGCCGGAGAUGCAACGGCUGGCCGCCGGCCUCAGCUCUCGGCUUUGGCAGCUGCAGGCGGAGCUCAGCGAGCAGGGGGUGGCCGAGACUUCGUCGGGCACCUAUUGCCGAGAGUUUUGUCAGACAUUGCUACAAUAUGCUGGCAAUCGAGGUGCUUCAGAGCAUGUUCUGCCUUUUUUGGAAGUGUAUCAAGUCGCCAUUCAAAGCUUUGCCAAUGCUCGACCUUACUUGACUACAGAAUGUGAAGAGGUUCUUCUGGUACUUGGCAGGCUAGUACUGAGCUGUUUUGAACUACUGCUUUCUGUGCCUGAAAGUGAGGAGCAGUCUGAACCAUUGUUAAGAUUGUUUCAAUCUAUACAGGAUUCCCAUAAUGCUUUACUUGAAUUUGAAGAUAACAGCCUUGAAAUACUGGCUGACAUUUCUAAGGAAGGUGUGUGGAAAAAUCCAGUUCUUUUCAAGAUUAUAUCACAGCAACCAGUAGAAGCAGAAGAAGUUAAUAAACUGAUUAAACGAGAAGGACCAGUCUUUCUUCAAAUGCGAAUAAAACAUCUAAUGAAGACAAGCUGCCUUCCUCAAGCUGCUUCGUUGUCCAAACUGUGUAAAGAAUCCACAGAAAUUUCAGAUGCAUUGCCUUUUCUUCAAGCCUAUAUCACAUGCUUGUGUUCCAUGCUUCCAACUGAAGAAUCUAUCAAAGAGAUUGCAAAGGUGGAUUGCAAAGAGGUCCUGGAUAUGAUAUGUAAUCUGGAAGCUGAAGGUCAAGAUAGUACUGCAUUCAUUCUUUGUACAACAUACCUCACUCAGCAGCUUCAAACUGCAAAUGUGUACUGCUCUUGGGAACUGACUUUAUUUUGGAGCAAAUUGCAAAGAAGAAUUGACUCCUCUUUAGAUUCCUUUCUGGAGCGCUGUCGGCAGUUUGGCAUCAUUGCUAGGACGUUGCAGCACUUGUUCUUCCUGAUAAGAGUUAUACAAGCUGAAGCAGAAGAAGCAGGCCUUGCUGUGUCCGUUUUAUUAUGUGUGAGAGCCUUGCAGCUAAGAUCAAAUGAAAAUGAUGACAUGAAGACUUCUGUAUGCAAAACAAUUGCAUGCCUUCUUCCGGAAGACCUUGAAGUUAGAAGAGCAUGCCAGCUCACUGAAUACUUACUUGAACCAAGUGAGGAGAGAUACAGCCUACUAGAAGAGCUCUACCUGCAACCUGAUCAAAAAUUCGAUGAAGAAAAUGCAGCUGUUCCAAACUCACUACGUUGUGAACUCCUGUUGGCCUUAAAGGCAUAUUGGCCAUUUGAUCCAGAAUUUUGGGAUUGGAAAACUUUGAAGCGACACUGUCUCAAAUUGUUGGGAAAGGAAGUUUCUGAGUCUGAGGAUGAUCUGAGUUGCAAUGAGAUGUCAUUCCAUGAAACCGAACUGCUAGAUGGCCUCCUAAGCGAUUGCGAAGAUAAUAAUUUUGAAGGUCAUGAUAUACUAAAUCAGCCUAAGGAGAGAGUGAGAGUCAAAAAGCCAAUUGGUUCCUCGGAAAGGUACCAGAGAUGGCUUCAGUAUAAAUUUUUCUGUGUCAUUUGUAAAAGGGAAUGUAUAGAGGCCAGAAUACUCCACCAUUCUAAGAUGCAUAUGGAAGAUGGAAUUUUUACAUGCCCAGUGUGUAUAAAAAAAUUCAAGAGGAAGGAGAUCUUUGUGACGCAUGUAAUGGAGCAUGUCAAAAUGCCUCCUAGUAGAAAAUACCGUGCAAAGAAGAAGCUGCUGUUGAAGAAAGAGAGGUUGACUAAGAGCAGCUUAGCCAGAAUUGCUUCUGUAACACUUGAAGGAACUCAGCCACUCAAAAUAAUGCAGUGUGAAAAAGCCAGAAGUGACACACAGGAUUACAUCACGUUUAGCAAGCUAGAAGACUGCCAUCUGCAAGACAGAGACCUGUACCCAUGCCCAGGCACAGAUUGCUCCAGAGUGUUUAAACAGUUCAAGUACUUAAGUGUUCAUUUGAAAGCUGAACACCAAAACAAUGAUGAAAAUGCAAUGCACUACUUAGACAUGAAAAACAGGCGUGAGAAGUGUUCGUACUGCAGGCGGCAUUUCAUGUCAGCAUUCCAUCUACGGGAGCAUGAACAAAUACACAAUGGUCCUCAACCUUUCAUGUGUGUGUCUGUGGGCUGCUAUGCUAGGUUUGGAUCAGUGAAUGAGCUUCUCCAUCACAAGCAGCAACAUGAUGAUCUGCGUUAUAAAUGUGAGCUCAGUGGCUGUAACAUUGUUUUCAGUGACCUGGGACAGCUCUACCACCAUGAAGCCCAGCAUUUUAGGGAUGCAUCUUAUACAUGUAACUUUCAUGGCUGUAAAAAGUUCUACUAUUCCAAAACUGAGUUUGCAAAUCACCUGUCAAUGCAUAUCUCAAAUGGUGAAAUGAAGGAAACACUGAUCAAGCAUGAGGAGAAUGUUUCUGGAGACAGUCUUGCUUGCCUUUCAGAUCUGGAGGUGUUUGAACAAAAAGACACUUCCUGUGUUCAUGAGAGUCUUAAUUUGCCUUCAGGAUUGACAGAUUCAGAGGGAAUCCUGCAAAUUAAGCAAGAGCCUCCAAAUUCAGAGAAUAUCCUGCAAGUUAAAGAAGAACCUCUCUCUGAUGGAGAGGUGGAUGGCAAAAGUAAUGGCAGUUUUGGAAGCAAUAUUGCAUCCCUAGCCAAUGAGACGCAGGCAACUUCAUUGACUGAAGCAUUAGACUGUGGCCAGGCAAGUCCUGGAAGUUUGUUAACUCAUGAGAAAGUCUUCCUUCCAUCCAAUUUGAAAGAGCGGUAUUCAAAUGUGGCUGUUUACUUUGAUGGGAAAAGAUUUACCUGUGGCUUUGAAGGCUGUGGAUCAACGUACAAAAAUUCAAAGGGUAUGCAAAAGCAUCUUCGAAGGGCUCAUCCAUACCAUUUCAAACCUAGAAGGAAGCUGGGCCUGAAGACUAAAGAUAUUAAUCAGUUCAGUGAAAGUCACAGUACCACUGGAGAGAUUAGCCCAGAGCUCAUACAUCAUUCAUGUAGAAAUGCAGAUUCUCCAGGCAUUAUAGGUUGUAAUAUAAGUUCUAAUAGCAAAAGCUAUUUAAAGGAAGAACUUUGUCCCUCUUCCCCAGAAACUUCUUUUUUUGAAUCUUCUAAAAUGUCAAGUACAGAAGAUGCUAUGUUGGAACUUCUAUUGGGCUUGAAGCAUUUAAGUUUAAAAAAUUCUAGCAGUCAUAUUGGUAAUUCUUCCAGGUUGUCACAGUGCCCCAACUCUGAAGAUGAAUCUACCUCAGACCAUUUCCCUGAAGAGCAGCGAGGCAAACUACCAAAACAAUAUCUUACCCAGUUGGCAGCGAAGCCAUUUUUCUGUGAACGUCAAGGUUGUACAUGUGAAUUUGUGACCCGAGAAGCAUUGUUGACACAUUAUGUUAAAAAACACAAUUAUUCAAAGGAGAUGGUGCUUCAGUUGAACAUGUUUCAACAUCGGUAUUCCCCUUUUAAGUGUCAUAUUUGCCAAAGAUCAUUUACAAGAAAAACGCAUCUUAGAGUCCAUUAUAGAAACAAGCAUAAGCUUGGCAAUAUGACGGCAACUCAGAAAUUACUUGCGAAUGAAAGUUUUGAGGAUAUGGAUGAGUGUGCUGAGGAUAUACUGAAUGACACCAUGGAUUCAAUAUCUGAUUUCUAUGCCAAUACAGAAGAACUUGAUGACCAAGCUAAUCACACUGGAGAACAGCAGUGUCAUCCAAAGAAAGAAGAGCUUAGUUCUGAAACAGAUGUGGAGUCUAGUGAGGAAGCAGAAAGUUGUGGAACUGUGAGGCAGACUAAACUGUCUGCUCUGGAAAGCCACCGGAAAGGACUAGAAGGAAAAGAAGGGAGGGGAAGUAAACGAACAGUUGCCAAAGGAAAUUUAUGUUACAUUUUGCAUAAAUACCACAAGCCGUUCCAUUGUAUUCAUAAAAAUUGCAAUUCUGCAUUUACUAAUCAGAAAGGGUUGAUUCGUCACUACAGAACUGUACAUCAGUAUAACAAAGAGCAGCUCUGCCUAGAAAAAGACAAAGCGAGAACAAAGAGGGAACUUGCCAAAUGUAAAAAAAUAUUUGUUUGCAAACAAAAGGCAUGUAGCAAGCGCUUCUUAUGUUCGAAAUCGCUUGCUAAGCAUUGCAGUGACUUUCAUGGCCUUGACCAUGUAGAGGAUUCCAAAGUGCUCUCUGAAACAGAGUCAGUCAGAUUUCCUUGUCAUCAUCCUCAGUGCCCUGCUGCAUUUUAUUCCUUCCACAAAUUGAAGCAUCACCUGAUGGAGGAGCAUGCUAAGGAAGAAGAAAUAAAUAAAGAGAUUGAAAUUCAUUGUGAUCUUAAUGGCUGUAACCGAGUUUUCACAACAUACAGCCGCUAUUCUCAGCAUGUAUAUUUUCGACACAGUGACUACGAUGGAGUCUCGGAAGCUGCCAAAGAAAAACAGGCCCAUCUUAAAGAUGAACAGGAGCAAAGCUGCUUGGAAGGUCGGUGUCCUGGGCAUGAAGAGAGUGAGAAAAAGAGACAGAUCAAUGAAAAAUCUGAAAAGAAUAAUAAAAGCAAAGGAAAGCAAUUAUUAUAUAACUUCAGAACAAGGGAGGAGGCCUUGCAGAUGUGCAGAGACAACUGUAAUCAGACACAGUACCCUUGCAUGGUUCAGGGGUGUCCCUCAGUAGUAAAACUAGAAAGCAGUAUUGUGAGACAUUAUAAGCGCACCCAUCAGAUGGCCAGUAUUUAUAUAGAACAGCAGUAUGAGGAGCUUGUGUUAUGUGUCGAAUGUGGUACUGUGAUAAAUGACCUCUGUUUAGAAGAAAGUCAAGGUUCAAAUAAAGAGGCAAACAGUGACUUUAAACAGGAGGUUACAGCUCACCCUGCAUAUCAGCACAAAGAUGAAGGGCAUCGUGUUCUAAACUCGGACUGCGAUCAUGGUGAUAAAAUCAGUAGAAACGGCAGCUCUUGUGAGAAUGACAAGACUCAGGAGGCUGGUGUCUCUUUGCAUACAGGCACUUUAAAACAUAUCCACAAUCCCAAAACCAGGUGUUUUGAAGAAUGUAGUCUAAUGGAGUCACCGCGGUGUAAAACAGAAGACUUGCCUGGAAGUGAUGGAAGAGAAAAUAUCUCUUACUGCAUGAGGCCAGGUGCGCAGUUAGCAAGAGAAAAAGAUGCUAAUGAUUGGCAGCGCACUUCUUCACAACAGAACAUUAAAAAACCUCCUCCCCUUUCUUCUACAAAAGACAAAAUGGCGAAGCAGUCUGUGCCCAAGCCCUUUGAUAUAAAGUCCUUCAAACCAAUGGGGUUUGAGUCGUCAUUUCUAAAAUUCAUUCAGGAAAGUGAGCAACGCGAGGAUGAUGACGAUGAUUUUGAAGAUGAGUGGGAGCCAGCUGAACAAUAUGAAUUGGAUGUGGUGGCUCAAAAAGAUAAAGACUUGAAAAGAGCUGUCACGCAGGGCAGGGCUACAUGUGAAAGUGUCCCAGCGACGGCAGCUAUCUCCAAGAAGAACAGUGGCUCCAAAGCUCAUGGACAGCUGAGAGGAAUACAGCCUCUCUUAUCGACAGACUCUCCCUCGAUCCCUUCUUUGGAAAACUUGAGGGCCAUUUUGGACAAGGCAUUAACAAACUGUGGGGACAAUGCCUUAAAACAGCUUCAUUAUUUGCGACCAGUAGUUGUUCUUGAAAGAUCUAAUGCCUCCACGACCCUCAUAGACUUUUUCCCAACAAAAAAAACAGAUCACCUUUGUGUGGGAAGUUCAUAAAUUGUUGUGUUUUAUUUAAAAAAGAAAGAAAGAAAAAGAAAAGAAAAUAGAAGACUGCCUCCACUACUGCUACACGGGGAAGAAUGCAGAUUUGGUUCAAUGCACAUGUUGUUGAGGUUAGAUUAGGCUGUUCAAUUCCAUGAAUGUAUGACAUCUGUCUACAGUAUUGGCUGAAUUAAUAUAGCUCCCCUUUUAAAUUGAGAGAGAAAAAACUGAUAUUUUGGUGCUAAUUAACAGAAUAUUGAGGGGGGGGCUUCCUCUUGCAGAGUAAAUGUGCAUGAUUGUAUAUGGAACAAGUACUUAGGGUACCAAGGUUUGGAGGGUGGGGGGAGGGAGGGAGGAUGGAACUUCUUACUUGACUUGAAUGUGCACCUCAGGGUGCUUUGUGUAACAUAUUGUACACUACAGCAUCUUAUAUUUUUUGAGUUAUGAGUUUCAAUAAAAAGGAAUUUUUUCACCCAUUUUGGUUGACUGUACAGCCAGAUGUCCAUGGCUUAAGACAAAUUUUGACCUGAGUGUUGGUGUGUAGUAAUUUUGGAUCCUGGCACAUUACUUCAAUGUGGCAGUGUGUUUAUGUCUGACUGGGGGAAACUUAUCAGGGUAGCCUGUCGAAGAGAAAAUGGGAGAACUCUUAACAAGAGUCAAUGUAAAUUUUAAAUGGUAUGUCAAGAAGGAAAUGAGCAGCUAGCUAAAGACAUGAAAAUUCUUAGUUCUUACGAUCUUUUGAUGAAAAUAUAAGAAACCUGUCAGUUGUUGGGACAUUAAACUAGCCAUAUGGAAAAAGAGACCAAAUAUAGGCAGAAAGAACAUUGUAAAAAACCCUUCAUUUAGAUAUGUUUUUUGGAAGGGAACUGUGAUAAAUAGGCUAGUAUUCCUAUUUAUCCAGCCAUUUUCUUGGCUCUUCGUUUUGGGUGCUAAAACAUAACAAAGUACUGAGUGCUUUUGAUUCUUCAUUUCAUGUCUAGCAAUAUAACUGUUUGUUUUAAAGUAUUCUUGAUUUUCCUUCUCUCCCCUCCCCAUAUCAAGCAGCUAACAAUUCUAUCAAUAGAUCAGUAAAGAUUCAGGAGUGCUUUGGAGUUGGCCAUCAUUAUAUUGGGUGACAGGUUUUUAUACCACAGUUGCAUACUAUGCAUAAAAUGGUGUGCAGUGUAUGUACCAUUUGUUAGUGCUGUUCCAUAGAAUGAAAAAAAUUAUCCUCAGUUGUGUAAAAAAAAAAAGCAUUAUUGCUUAUAUACAUCUAAUAUCCCUCUUGAGGAAUUGAGACUUCCAGUUUUCUUACACUAGCCUUUCCUUAGGAUGAUACUUUUGUCUUUUUCUGGAAUGUGGCAAUUGCACCAUUGAUUAUGUUAAGGGACACUUACUACCUUUAAUAUCUCUUUCCCAAUUGUCUAUUUUCUUUUUAAUUUGUUGGGGUCAGAACGUCUGGACAGAUGUCAGCUGUUCAGCUUGUGGGAUGGUAGCUAUGUUAGGCCUAGUGGGUUAUAAGCAUAGUUGGAAUAAUUUUCUCACUAAGGAUGAACUGGCUGCACAGAAUAUUGGGUAACAAAGUGUGUUCUUACUGCUAAUUAGCCAGCAUGUUAUGGGAAUAUAAGAAUUGCUUUCGAAAAUCAGACCCAAAGGUUCACUUGAUCUGUUCUGUAUCGAACAGCGCCAGGUCAUGUGCUCUAGCAAGUCCACAGUUGGGCAUCAUGGAGAUAGCUGUUCCUUGCUUAUCUCCGUCUAGUGUUUAAAAAGUACAGCCCCCUAUGAGGCUUAUUGGCUCCUGAUUUGUGUCUCAUACCAGUUGCUAAGCAAAAAAGACACUUCCCUCUCAUUCAUGAUAACUUUGGCCUAUAUUAGAGAGGAACGAAGCAAGCUUAUCAACGUCUUUCUGAAAGUCGAUGUUCACUGUGUCAACAUCAUUAUUUGUGAAGCAAUUCUGCCUUUACAGAUCUUGUUGACUUCUCUGUUUCAGGGAUUCAUAGGAAUUGGUAAGGAACACAUUGUAGCAAUUUUGAAGAGUGCUCCUUUGAAAUCUUAGGAUUGCCACAUUUAUCUGUGUGACAUGCAUUUUUCCCCUAAGCUUGCAUGGUUGAAGCAGCUUACAAGGAUCUUCUGUGAAUUUUACUUUCCAAUCAUCUAGUUUUAACAGUGUAACAGCAUUAUGUAGUUUGGGGCAUUUAAGUAGCUUAUUUCAUUUUGCCCAGUAUUUGGCCUCCUGUUUCCAGAAUCUGUCUUUAUAUUGUAUUUAACCAUAGAUCAUAAAGUAUAAAACUAGGCAUACAGUAUUAAGUAUAGGUUUCCAAAACCAACAAUGAAGCUGCAUCUCUUUUCUUUGUUUUUCAUUACUUUGUAUGGCUGGAAGAGAUUCUUCAUGCAUCUGUACACAAGAUAUCUGAAUUAUUAACAGGAGCAAUUGGGGUACAUCAUAACUGAGACCUGCCUGAUUCAGAAAGAAUAAUUCAGGGGCCCCAAUAAUCUAUGUGAGCCAUACUAUACACUACUGUUUCUGCCAGUUCCACCAAAGGAUUCACAAUUGGUUUAACUUUAGGAAAAAUUAUUCUUAACAAAUGCAGUUGACUAAACCCCAAACUUUUCACUGAGAGACAAUUCUUGCCACUCCAGAGCAACUUCCUGUUCUAACAGGCAUUUAAUGCUGGGAAUGUAUAGUAUGAAGAAGAAAGAAAUAUUUCAGGGACUUCGAGGGUGGACCAGAAAGCAGCAGUUUACUUUCCAGGGCUUCUGAUACAGUGAAGGUUAAGAAGUUACAACAUUUAGUAGUUUCUAUCAAUGUUAAUUUUGUUCCUUCAACAAUUCUGUGUGAAUGUCAUACAUUUUUUCUGACUUACUUAAUAUUCUGUCACUUGGUAUAAAACAUUUUUCUGAAUGUCUAAAUUGGACAUUAGAUACCCUGUGAAUUGAAAAGGUAUAGAUAGCUAAUAUUUUCAUUAACACGUAGAGUAGCUAAAUGUGGGUUUACAAGUUCUGGUAUCCUUCGAAGGUCCUCUUAAAUGUCUAUCUGGUUCUUUGACAAGUGGCCAACACAUAAUACAGCUUUAAUUUUUUAAGGGGUUGUCUUUAGCUGCCUUUAAAAUAUCCUUCUUGCCUUACUGUAUAUUCCUGUCUGUAGUAACUUGCCAAAAUCCAUGCACUGUCUUCAGUUUUUCACUUAGGUUCAAUUUCUACUACCUAAA